AUGGAAAGGGCCCCCACUGAUGACACCGGCCCCAUACACGUGCCUUUGGGGCACAUUGUGGCUAGUCCCAGGUGGCGAGAGUCGCAGCUGGUGAGGGGGAUGCAAGGGAAAGUUAAAGUCGCCUUUGAGGAUGGCAUCACACUGGUAGAUUUUUACUUGUCUAACCGAUCCUGUAUUCUUUAUAUCACCGAAGCUAAUAUGGUGUCAGGAAGCGACUACAGAAAAAAACUUGUUCGGGUUAGAAAUGACAGUAAGCUUCAGGGGAUUGUACUAGUUGAAAAGACACAGAUGAGUGAACAAUACUUCCCAGCUGUACAGAAGUUCACAGUGCUGGACCUGGGCAUGGUGUUGCUUCCAGUGGCCAGCCAGAUGGAAGCGUCCUCCCUCAUUGUCCAGUUAGUCCAAGAACAAGCGAAAGAGCCCAGUAAGAACCCUUUUCUCAGGAAGAAACGGCCUCAACUCUCGGAGACAUCCCUCCUUCGAACUGUGCAACAGAUCCCGGGAGUGGGGAAAGUGAAAGCUCCCCUUCUGCUGCAGAAAUUCCCCAGUAUCCAACAACUUAGUAAUGCGUCCAUUCAAGAAUUGGAGCAAGUCGUGGGACAAGCGGCUGCACAGCAGAUUCACACGUUUUUCACAGAGUCCAGGUGA